AUGUCGACUCAGCGAGCCAAGAAGCCUGCUGAGAUUAGGGAUAAAUCGGCCUUUUUCGCGGCUAAACCCUCAGUGACAAAACAAGCUGAAUACAUGCCUCAAGACGGCGCCAAGCUCUCAGACACGGAGCAACCAAAUGAAGCUCCGGAUGCUCCACUUACACAGCGGGUAUUACAAAGUAUGCUUGACAGUGCAGUUAUCAGAAUGCAGUCUACGUUCACAGACGCUAUUGCUGAAGUUAUGAAAAAUCUCACAAAAUUAGCUGCUUGUACGCGUUGUUUGGAGACGGAUUUACGGAAUUCAUGCACUGAAACUGAAAAACGCUUAGCGCGGUUAGAAGAACAAAUAGUCUCCCAAGAGCUUAAAAUCAUGAGCCUGGAGGACAGAUCACGUUGA